CGCUUCUACUUCUCACACAUCAUCAAUUACAUAGAUCCGAUCCGCUUCAAUCAACAUCAUCCAAACCAAACGCAUUCCGGCUCGAUUGCAAACAUACACACGUUCAACAAACCUCCUCCUCUCAAGUCGAGAAACCUUCAAAACCAUGAUGGAAAGCCUAGACGAUUACGAAUCAGUCUUAUGGGUAGCAAGAGAAUGUUAUGUAUACAGACUUCCACCACGUACUUCUACAGCUGGUUAUAAGGCUGCUGAUUGGGGUGAUAUGGAAGCUUUUCUUUGGAAAGGUAGAUUAAGGAUUAUUGAAAAAGGAACCGAAAAUCCUACGAAAUGUUUUAUUAGACUUGAAGAUUUAGAUACGGGUGAUCUGUUUGCUAAUUGUCCUUAUUCACUUGAUGGGAAAUCAGUUGAACCUGUAUUAGAUUCAUCAAGAUAUUAUGUGAUUCGGGUAGAAGAUUCGAGUUCUGGUCAACGAGCUUUUUUGGGUAUGGGGUUUCCUGAAAGGAGUGAUAGUUUUGAUUUUAAUGUAACACUUCAAGAUUGGACCAAACGUCAAAAAUUUACUUCUAAUUCGGGUACUGGUACAGAUCAUGAUUCUAAAAGUUCUCCUCAUUUACCUUCAGGUCCCAAACGUGAUUUUUCUUUAAAAGAUGGUCAAACGAUUUCAAUUUCAUUAGGAGGUAAAUCUUCCAAGAAAAAACCAAUGGGUUCAGAUACAUCAUCUGGAAGUGGUAGUACGAGUGGAGGUGGUGCUUUACCUUUCUUACCUCCUCCACCUCCUCCUAGAGCUAGAUAAUUGUGUCUUUCUUACAAUUGUAGAUUUAUGGUUUUGUUUUGUUGGCUGGACCAUUUGAUGGUUUGUUGAACUGUAUGUUUGAUCUUUGCACACUUUUUUCUCUCUCUUUUGGUAUAACAUUCAACACAUUUUUCUUUUUCUUUGGAGUUGCAUGUGAUUAGCAUUCUAGUUAGUAUUUGUCAUUUUGUUUGAAUUCAGUUAGUUUGUAGAAUUUGUGAUGUUUACUUGAAGUGAUCAUUUAGUGCUCAAAAUGUUACUUUAAAGAUAUGUUACAAGGUAUUUCUCUCUAGUGAUAGAAUAUUAAAAACAAAUAGUGCUACGU